ACUCGUUCGCUUGACAAACAGAGACUGGAGGGAACUGGCGGGAACCCGCAAAGUAAAAAAGAAAGCACCGUACUCAGUCCUAAUUAAUUGCACCAAAAAGCAUUUGGUUCUCGGUAGUGACCAGUGAGAGCGAGCGAGAGAGAUCGAAAGCUAUGGAAGGCCACGACGACGACUUUUCAAUGGAGGACGCAGUCGUUGAGCCCAUGCCUAGGAGAACCAUAGGCAGAGGAGAAAGAGGACGUCUCAGAUCACAAUCCAAAACCCUAGACCACCCAAACAAUCCAUUUUUCCUCGAUGCGAAUGAGCCCCCUUCUCAAGGCUACGCUCCUCAACGUUCUAUUGAAGGAUGGAUUGUAUUGAUCACUGGAAUACAUGAAGAGGCACAGGAAGAUCAUAUUUUGAAUGUAUUUGGUGACUAUGGGGAAAUCAAGAAUUUGCAUAUGAAUCUUGACCGUCGCACUGGAUUUGCUAAGGGUAAUGCGCUGAUUGAAUAUGAGACAUUUGAGGAAGCUGAUGCAGCAAUAUCAGCAAUGAAUGGAGCUAAACUUUUUGGUCGGACCAUCCUUGUUAACUCGGCUUUCAUGACUGGUCCCUUUGGAAGUAAUUCAAGAAGGAUGCAAUUGUUUAAGCAGCCGGAUUUAGCUAUUCUUAUAAUAAUUGAUAGCUCCUUCCCUCUUCUGUGA